UCGUCUGGACUCGGUAUCAAUCGCCACGAUUCCAUCUGCAUUUGGUCUUAUCAAAUGAGAGAGUCUGUAGAGCGCUCUACGCACAAACUGCGCAUCGUUUGGACUCGGUAUCAAUCGCCAUGAUUCCAUCUGCAUUUGGUCUUAUCAAAUGAGAGAGUCCGUAGAGCGCUCUACGCACAAACUGCGCAAUCCUGAAGUUAAGAAAUAGCGACGUGAUUGUGUCCCAUUUUCCAAUUCUCUUCCUACAUUCCUUCCGCUCUGACAUCUGCAGUGCUUUCCAGGAGCCCAGAAAUAAAUAGAGCCUUGCUUGCCCUGCUAUCUUUGGUCUCUUCGUAUUCUCAUCAUUACCAGCGCCAUGACCUUCACCUCGACAUUCUUGGUGUCAAACAUCCACUGCCCCUCUUGUGUUACCUAUGCCCAAGAUGUCCUACGGGACAUUUCCGACGUCCAAUCGGUUCAGGUUUCACUGAUUGACCAGACAAUUCGUGUUAAACACGCCCAUGACAAAACGCAGGGCGUUGUCAACAAAGAACUGCUCAAGGCGGCUUUCGAAGUUCAGCAUGUCAGCACUAUGGGAGAAGGCGGUGUUGAAACCCAUGCCUACGAUGUGUCACCAACCCCAACGGACGCUUCAGUCUCACGAUCGAGAUGGUUCAUGUCUCGAGCCCAACGCAAGCACAUCGAGAAUUGCAAAGCAUGCCAAAGCAAAAGAGAGCGGAGUUCUGCGAUAAAACGGUCCUGGGCUGCACUCAGCCGACAACGCCGCAUGGACACCGGCAAGACCAAGCCGAAGGACAAUGAUACUGCAAGAUCCGAUGAUACUCUGGGGCAAGAUCAACCCGCCGUGAUCAACAUUGACGGUGCUGAUGAUGGUCAAGAGCAUGGCAAGUACGUUGCAAAAGUGGCAAUAGGAGGGAUGACUUGCGCUUCAUGCACCAGUACCAUAACAAAAGAAUUGACGAACCUUGACUUUGUCCAAUCUGCCGAUGUCAAUCUGAUGACCAAUAAUGCAAGGGUGGUAUUUUUGGGGAACAAACACAACUCUGAAAGAAUCGUCGAAGCUAUUGAAGAUGUGGGCUACGAAGCUUUCAUUGAUGAUGUGGCUCCUUUAGUCCGGGACAAGACUACAUCAACUACGGAAAGCGAAGAACACAAGGUCACCUUGAGCAUUGAGGGUAUGGUUUGUGGAAGCUGUGUUGGGACCAUUACUCGAGGGGUCAAAGAGUUACCAUUUGUGCGGUCCGUCAAUGUUGACUUGGUCGGCAACCGUGGCGACAUUGUCUUCGAGGACAAGCACAAUCUCGAUGCAAUCUUGCAGAAGAUUGAUGAUCUGGGCUACGAUGCUACUGUAAUGAAGCUGGAACCCACCAACGCUGCUGCCAGACCCAAAGUGUCCGAGAGAACCGUGCAGAUCAGGAUCGAGGGGAUGUACUGCGAGCUUUGCCCCGGCAAUGUUGUGUCUGCCUUGCAUGCUGGGCUCUCCUCUGCGAGUGGCACGACGUACACCAUCACUCAGACACCGACCCUUCGAGACCCCUUUAUCACCAUUGUCUAUCGACCUUCGCCUCCCGACCUUACUAUCCGCAGUUUCAUCUCGACCAUCAAUGCCUCUGAUGAAGCGUUGCAAGCCUGCGUGUACCAUCCUCCCACAUUAGAGGAACGUUCACGGCGAAUGCAACGGCACGAGCAAAAGGGUAUUCUACUCAGGCUGGUCUUCACUGGCGUGGUGGCAAUUCCCACGUUCAUCAUCGGAGUAGUAUAUAUGAGUCUUGUGCCGAAGUCCAAUCCGACGAGGCAAUGGUGGGAAGAACCCAUACUUGCAGGGAAUACAAUGCGCAUAGAAUGGGCAUUGUUCUUCAUGACCACUCCAGUCAUGUUUUUUGGUACGGACAUUUUUCAUACCAGGGCUGCGAAAGAAAUUAGGUCUAUCUGGAGACGCAAGAGCAAAGUGCCCAUCCUACGUCGGUUCUACCGUUUUGGGAGCAUGAACCUGCUGAUCAGCGCCGGAGCUGCGGUGGCAUACUUCUCAUCUCUGGCUGUCCUUAUCAUGGAUGCAACCAGUCCCAAAAACGUGCACCAGCACGAUUCUUCCAACACCUACUUUGAUACAGUUACCUUUCUGACCUUUUUCAUCCUGAUUGGCCGCUUUUUGGAAGCAUACAGUAAAGCCAAAACUGGGAAUGCUGUCGCCAUGUUGAGCAAGCUACGACCUUCAGACGCGCUUCUCGUGGAGAACGCUACGCCAAACCAUGAAGGACACUCACAGACCAAUAUGCGCGCAAUUCCUGUUGACCAAUUGGAAGCUGGUGACAUUGUCCAAAUUCCUCAUGGAGCAUCACCACCCACUGAUGGAGUCAUCCAGCAGCCGGGCACGUUUCUCUUCGACGAAAGUUCUCUGACCGGAGAAUCCAAACCUGUCAAGAAGUCAUACGGGGAACAAGUAUACACUGGUUCCGUCAACGUUUCGGAUCCAGUGCGGAUCCAAGUCACAGAGGUUGGCGGCACAUCUAUGCUGGAUCAGAUUGUCAACGUCGUUCGCGAGGGUCAAGCUAAACGAGCACCCAUCGAACGAAUUGCCGAUAUCAUCACAGGGUAUUUUGUGCCUGUCAUUACGCUGAUUGCCAUUGUAACUUGGGUUAUCUGGUUGGGUUUGGGAGUAUCUGGAAAAUUGCCACGGGCCUGGAUUGAUGACCGAAAAGGAGGAUGGCCAUUCUGGUCUCUCGAAUUUGCGAUCGCUGUCUUCGUGGUCGCCUGUCCCUGUGGUAUUGGUUUGGCCGCUCCUACUGCACUCUUUGUCGGUGGCGGACUUGCUGCCAAAGAUGGUAUUCUCGUGCAAGGAGGGGGAGAGGCAUUCCAGGAAGCCUCGAAACUCGACGUGAUUGUCUUUGAUAAGACCGGUACAUUGACGGAAGGCCAAAUGAAGGUGACUGACUUUGAGCUGCUUCGCCAAAGGGAGAAGGACGAAUCGAACGUGGAUCAAAGCAUAAUCCUGGCUGCGUCUCGCAUACUGGAAGAGUCGAGUACUCACCCGAUUGCCAAAGCAGUUGCAGAAUAUUGUGCACAGGAAGCGGCCGGUUUGCAAAUACAGACCGAGGAGAUCAAGGAGAUGCCCGGACAAGGCAUGGCAGGGCGAUUUACUGUCAAGACCGAUACGUCCGUCAGACGAUUCGAGGCUGCAAUCGGCAAUGAACGACUGCUGGAGUCCAUUGAUCUAUCUCGGUCGUCCUCCGAUGCGGCCUUGCCACCAGCAAAGGUGAAAAGUAAGGUUGUCACGCAAGAUUACUACCUCGAACAGACCCUGCAAAAGCAUCAAUCUUCGGGUCGUUCGACUGCCAUCUUUGCAAUCAGUCCAAUACAAGAGGACUCGGGACAUGGCCCGACUUCUCAGUCGUCGUUUCAACCUGUGGCUGUCUUUGCCAUUGCCGACCCAAUCCGAGCCGAAGCACCAAGCAUCCUGCAAGACCUCCGCCAAUCUGGGCUUGACGUGCACAUGUGUACUGGAGAUAAUCGAACCACCGCUCUGGCGAUUGCAUCUCAGCUUGGCAUUCAGAUCGCCAAUGUCCGGGCCGGUGUACUUCCACAAGACAAGGCAGCCUAUAUCCGCGAAUUGCAAGGCGUGUCUGAAUCCGAGAAGUCGAGCAAGAAACCCACGCGGAAGAUCGUUGCGUUCGUUGGUGACGGAACCAAUGAUACUCCUGCAUUAUCGGCCGCAGAUGUGUCGAUUGCCCUCUCUUCUGGAUCGGAUGUGGCCAUCACUACUGCGUCCUUCAUCUUGCUCAACUCGGACCUCAAGACUAUCCUGUCGCUGGUCAGGCUGGCCAAACGAGUCUUCUUGCGAGUCAAGCUCAACUUUGCAUGGGCUGCAGUCUACAAUUUAUGUCUAGUACCUGUGGCUGCGGGAGUGUUCUUCCCCAUUGGAGCGAAUCACAACCACGGUGGAUGGAGACUGGGGCCGGUCUGGGCCAGUGUGGCCAUGGCCGCAAGCAGUGUCAGUGUGGUGGCAAGCAGCCUGGCAUUGAAGUUGCCUGAGGCGAGGUGGAGGAAGUAGGAGUGCGUUAAGAUAGGAAGAUGGAUCUAGACCACGAACCGAAUAAUACACAUUGCCUACUACUCCGUACUCCGUACUGACUGGUCGAUGCUUGGAGUGCGCGUCAGCCAUGAUUUGGCCAAGAUGCACGGGGGGUAGAAGCGAGAUGUGAAAAUCGAAUCAGAUGCGCUUGCGUCGACGCCUUUCAAUUCCGAUCUGGCAGAGAAGUUGAG